UGUCAGUAGAACGUUCUAGAAUGAACACGGCUUCACUUGUUUACUUUAUAAUUUAAUCGCCCUGCGUGUGAUUAAGGGUGUCUAAAUUAAAUUGUUUAAACGCUUCUUAUCAUGAAUGAAAACGAGGAUCCUUCGGAAGGAGCCGAGAAGUCAGCUGGGAUGGAAGUCAGUGAAAUACUUCUCUCCGUCCGGAUGAACCGCAGAAAAUUUCCCAGCAAGUUGUGGCAUUUGGUGAAUGAUCCCCAGAUUUGCUCAAUCUGCUGGAAUGACAGUGGGGAAGGAAUACUGAUCUGUCAGGAGGCCUUCGAAGCUGAAGUGCUAUCUACAGCCGACAAGCAGACGAACAAGUAUUUCAAAACGACAGAUUUCAUCAGUUUUGUUCGCCAGCUAAACCUGUACGGAUUCAGAAAAGUGCACCAAGACUAUGAGAUCUCAUUGAAGCAAGUCAGCACCAUGCAUCACUUUCACAACCCGAACUUCAAACGAUCUAACCCAGAGCUUCUGGUCAACCUAAAGCGACUGACGCCUUCCUACAAGGCCAAGCUUGCCGCUGGGCUAGAAGAUUCCAACCAGUCUAGGCAUUUCCAUUAUCUGAUGCUGAAGUCAGCUGAGAACUCUACUGUGGUCGGCACAGAUUUAGUUGAACAUCAGGGAACUCCUCAUCACCUGUACUCUCAGCAGGUAAAGGGGUUCGACUCAACACCCCAAACUUCACAGGCACUUGUAACAGGUCAUGAUUCAAGCUCUGAGUCCUGUGACAUCCAGGUGGAUUUUCCAUGUGCACCUUCAUUCAGUCCAAUGCAACAGGGCUCACACUGUGCAAUGCCUGAUGGGAAUUUAGGUGCCUUCAGACCUCAUUACCCACAAUGCAGAUUUUACAAACCAGUGUACCAGUGCUAUAUUCCGGGCUCCUUGGACUCAAACAUGCCAUGCUCCCAACAGGAAGUUGACUCCUAUGCUCAUAGUGGCUAUUGUCCUGAUGACUCAUUUAGCCACCUCCUGUACACUGGCCAGGAUCCAACCUGGCAAGCAGGUGAUGCUUCAGAUCCCAGGAAAAGUCAAACUGUAUUCAACGUGGAAGAUGAAGUGCAGGACUCCUCAGUCAGCUAUUUCCAUUACACUGAUCAGUAUCCAAACUGGCAAGCAGGUGAUGCUUCAGAUCCCAGGAAAAGUCACACGAACCUGGGCACUGUAUUCAACGUGGAUGAUGAAGUGCAGGACUCCUCAGUCAGCUAUUUCCAUUACACUGAUCAGGAUCCAAACUGGCAAUCAGCUGAUGCUCCAGAUCCCAGGAACAGUCACAUGAACCUGGACACUAUAAUUAAAAUGGAAGAUGAGAUGCAGGUUGCUGCUUUCAUCACUUUGCCCAACAAUGAGGAGUCAACUGGGAAAGAGUUAAUCAGUUAAACAGUUAAUUAUUAAUGCCUCCUUUUGUAUUUCCUCAAUAAUGUCUUUAAUUAAAAGAUGACAUGAAUAUACUAA